AGUGCGGAAGCGCCCAUGACAGCUUGGUGUUGGUGUUGGAAAUCAUCGUCCGUGCAAAGUGAAAAAGAAAAGUGCUGUAACGAUCAAGACAUGAGUGCAUUAAACAAAUCCGCUGGCCUAACGGAGAACGGAGGGUUACAUAAUGACCGCGUGGCAAUACUAGACGCCGGUUCACAGUACGGGAAGGUAAUCGAUCGAAAGGUGCGCGAACUCAACGUUAAAUCAGAUAUUUUACCUCUGGAAACAUCUGCCUUAAAACUCAAAGAACUCGGCUACCGAGCAGUUGUUAUAUCCGGUGGACCCAAUUCUGUCUACGCCGAGGAUGCGCCAAAGUAUGAUCCAGAUAUUUUUAAGUUAGGCUUACCGAUAUUAGGUAUUUGCUAUGGAAUGCAGAUUAUCAACAAAGAGUUUGAUGGAACCGUACAGAAAAAGGAUAUCCGAGAGGACGGAGAGCAUACUAUAGAAGUAGAAGAGAGCUGUCCAUUGUUCAACCGCUUACAACGUUCACAGAAAGUUUUGCUUACUCACGGCGACAGUAUCGAUCGAGUGGGAGCCAAACUUAUGGUAGGAGCAUAUUCUUCAAAUCGCAUCGUUGCCGCGAUUUUUAACGUGCAGCUGCGUAUUUAUGGCGUACAGUUCCAUCCGGAGGUCGAUUUAACCGUCAACGGUAAACAGAUGCUCUCUAGCUUCCUUUUCGAUAUUGCGGGGAUGCAACCGAACUUUACAAUGCGCAACCGUGAGGAAGAAUGUAUCGCAUACAUUAGAGACCAUGUGGGCAACAGUAAGGUGUUGUUGUUGGUAAGCGGAGGGGUAGAUUCGACAGUUUGUGCAGCAUUGCUAAGACAUGCCUUAAAACCGGAUCAAGUAAUUGCUGUCCAUAUCGACAAUGGUUUUAUGCGUCUGAAUGAGAGUGCGAAUGUUGAAAAGUCGUUGCGUGAGCUGGGUGUAGAUUUGUUCGUAAAGAAUGCAAUCUACAAGUUCAUGAAGGGUACGACCACAAUCAAACUUCCCGGUUCCUUAUACAAUCAGGACACACAGAUGCUGUGCCAGACGAUCAGUCCAGAAGACAAACGUAAGAUCAUUGGCGAUGUGUUCGUGAAGGUAUCGAACGAGGUGCUGCGCGAGAUGAAUCUAAACGCGGACGAGGUGUACCUGGCCCAGGGAACACUUCGGCCGGAUCUGAUCGAAUCCGCCUCCGCGUUGGUGAGCGCUAAAGCCGACACGAUUAAAACACACCAUAACGACACAGAACUGAUAAGGAAGCUGCGCGAGGCAGGGCGUGUGAUUGAGCCGUUACGAGACUUUCACAAGGACGAAGUGCGGCAGCUGGGCUACUCGCUGGGACUGCCGGCACAUUUGAUCGAGAGGCAUCCCUUCCCUGGUCCUGGUCUAGCCAUUAGAGUGCUGUGUGCGGAGGAGGCAUUCAUGAAAGACUAUUCAGAAACACAAGUCAUUGUUAAAGUGAUAGUGGAUUACAAAAAUAAGCUUGAGAAAAAUCACGCACUGCUGAAUCGCGUUUCCGGUACAACUUCGAAGGAAGAUCAGCAGCAGCUCUGCCGUAUUUCUAGUAACAUCAAAUUGAAUGCUACUCUACUGCCAAUAAGAAGCGUAGGCGUUCAAGGCGACAAACGUUCGUACAGCUAUGCGGUGGGACUUUCGAGCAAGGAUGUACCGAAUUGGCAAGAUAUGCUCUUCUUAGCGAAGCUAAUACCGCGUAUUCUGCACAAUGUAAAUAGAGUAUGUUACAUUUUCGGUGAUAUUGUCCAAUAUCCGGUGCAAGACAUUACCCACACACUGCUCACCGAAAGCGUUGUGUGGCAGCUACGUCAGGUAGAUAACAUCGUCAAUAAGAUUCUGAUGGAACACGAAUGUAUGCGUAAAAUUUCUCAAAUGCCUGUCAUACUGAUACCAAUCCACUUCGAUCGGGAUCCUGCGCAAAAGACCCCAUCCUGCAUGCGAUCCGUAGUAUUGCGACCGUUCGUUACAAACGAUUUCAUGACCGGUGUGCCAGCGAUUCCCGGUACCGACCGGUUACCGACAAAUGUACUACAAAAAAUGGUAGAUGAACUAUCUAAUAUGCCGGGAAUUUCUCGAGUGCUACUAGACCUGACGUCGAAACCACCGGGUACUACCGAAUGGGAAUGAUUCCCCUUAUAUCAGACAUCUUCUCCUCUACUUGCACUAACUUCGCCACCAAUCUGAUAACGAAAUUAGAUUAAACGAAGAAAUAUCAUCAGCAUCAUC